AGUAUGUUAUACAAUUUUAGUGCACGUCUACACAAGGAUAUAGAUAAUUAUUGUUCUGGUUGUUUGUUUUCAAAUUUAUAAUCGAGGUAUUUUGGGUUUGAUUAUUAUAAGCAGAGGAACUGAUAUUAAAUGGUUAGUGUGCUGUAAGGAAUCAACAACAGUUAUAAUCUGAUUAAUCCACAUAACCAUUUAAAUGUGCUGACUGAAGUGGAUGUUUCUAUUAUCAGUAUAGCUGUAUUCUGAGUUUUCCCACACUGGAAUCAUAUGGCUGGCCAUUUAUGGGACUAUACUCUCUGUGUCCAGAGCAUUCUUCAUCUGCAUCGACCAAUGACUAAACUGUGCUUAUCUUGUAUAUUUUCAAUCAGCCUUGCCGAAUUUUUCAACAGCAAUAACCUAUAUCUUGAAAAACUUUUAUGUAAGAAAUGCUUGCACAGGAGCAAGAUCAAGAAGCCAGAACUCGCCAUGAAUCCAGAAGCAGUGUGUCUUCCACCUCCUCUACCUCAUCUGGAGGAUCUUCCUCGUCCAGUGACUCUUCCAUUUCCAUGCCCCCUGCUCCAGAUGGGGGUUAUGGCUGGGUGAUCGUCUUAAGUGCUUUCCUUGUUUCUUUUAUCAGUGAUGGAUUGACGUUGUCGUUUGGUGUACUUUUCACAGAAUUGUUGGAGGUUUUCAAAGAGAGCAAAGGAGUGACUUCCAUCAUUGCUUCCCUAUUCUAUGGAAUUCCUUUACUGUGUGGACCCAUAGCCAGUGCCACCGUUACCAAAUUAGGAUGCAGGAAAGCCCAAAUCUUGGGAGGAUUAAUCACAAGUGUUGGGGUCUUUGCCAGCGCUUUCGUUGACUCGAUAGGGCUUAUUUGUUUCACCUUUGGCUUUGUGGCAGGAUUUGGGCUCUCCAUAGGGUAUGUUAAUUCAUUAGUUGUUGUUGCAUAUUAUUUUGAGAAGAAGAGGUCAAUGGCCACAGGUUUGGCUGUGUGUGGGUCUGGAAUCGGAACUUUUGUCUUUGCUCCAUUUCUGGAGUUCCUUAUAGAGGAGUAUGGAUGGAGGGGAUCAUUUAUUAUCCUCAGUGCUGUGACCUUGAAUUUAGUUGUGUGUGGAGCACUGAUGCGACCCUUGGAAUUUACUCCCAUGGAAGAAUGGAAGAGAAACCUGGAGAGAUUUGAAAAUAUGUCUAGGACUAUAUCAAGAGCAAGUCUUCAUGAUAGAAGUCGGCAUGCUAGUAACUCGGAUGAGUUAGAUUCUGAUAGCGAGACGGAGGACUUGAGUCGCGUAGAGCAGCUGAGCCAUUCUCAGGUACAACUUCCAACUUUUAUCAAGAAAUCCAAAAAUAUUCCACCUGAAAUGUUGAUGGACAUAAGAAAAAAUGGCAGCAAUUUGCAGCAUAUCUUGAAGCAAUACUUUCAGUCUUUGGAUGCAGAAAACACCGAACCAAAAAAUACAUCCAGCCCAGAAAUACUGCCCAGCAACAAGCUAAUGGUCACAAGCGAUGACCAUGUUGUCUUUGCAGAUGAAGAGGGAAACAUCACAGGCCAGGAAGUGAAAAGAAGGAGCAAGAAGAAGCCAAGCCAGAGCAUCUCAAAAAAGAACCCAAGCCCGCAGACAAUCAUGCAGUAUUAUCCACUGUACAGGAAAGACCUUUUCUAUAGAAGAAGUUUGACCCGAUUUACAUCGACUCCACAAAUCCGAUCCAAGAGCUGUCCAGAGCUGCACCUAGAGGUGCUGGAUGACAGCUCAGACGAUGAAGAUGAUGACUAUUGCUACGUGCCCAGACUCUUGAGGCUAUCCAGACACAUCAAGAAAAUGUUCAAGAUGAUGUUUGAUUUGAAGAUCUUAAAGACUCCAUCUUUUCUCCUGUUUGUGAUGUCCAACUUCAUCCUGUAUUUCUGGUAUGAUGUUCCGUACGUAUUUCUGAACGACAUUGCAAAAGAAGAUGGAAUAGAGAACCCAGCCUUCAUCAUUUCCACUCUUGGAAUUGUGAACACUUUCGGACAGAUUAUUUACGGGUUCAUCGGCGACAAGAACAUAGAUCUGACGGUACUCUACGGUGUGUCCAUCAUCCUCUCAGGGCUGGCCAUCAUGGUUGUUCCCUGGUUUAUGUCUUUCAUUCCACUGUGUAUCUUGGCGGGGCUGUUUGGAUUCUUCAUCAGUGCCAACUAUGCAUUGAGUACGGUGAUCCUGGUGGAAAUUGUGGGAAUCGACAAGCUGACCAACUCCUACGGACUGACUAUGAUGAUGCAAGGCGUGGCCAAUAUCAUAGGACCCCCUGUUGGUGGGUUAUUGUAUGACAUGUCUGGCUCCUAUGACCACACCUUUCUGGCCGGCGGCAUCUUCAUGGCAUUUUCUGGUCUGCUGUUGCUCUUUGUGCCCAUGGGAAAAUGCCUCCUGUCACUAUUUACUGGAAAGAAGGUGGUCAGCAAUAGGGCUCCAAAAGAGCGAGAGAUCUUGAUGGAGGAUCCAGAAUGUCGGAAAAAUCUGACUGAAACGUCGGUGUGAAUUGGUGACUAUGUCUGGAAGUCUUACCACAUACCUGUGAAGAGAUAUCCUUUUUGAAUUUUUUAACUUUAUUAUUAAAUUGUAAAUGUUGUGUUUUAAUAUUUAUCUUUGGCAACUGCUUAUCCAUAUACAUGUGUAUAAUUUGAAGAAUUUUCAUGUUGGCCUUGCUUAUAUUAUUUAAUAUUGAUUUCUUUUUUUUCUUUUACAUUUAUGGCCUUUCUUAAUUUAUACCUUUUCAAGAAAAAAGAAAUGUUAUUUGAGCUUGAAUAAGUCAACUUGUUAAUGAAUGUAAAUUUAUUUUGUUACUUGAGUUUUGUUAUUGAAAUAUGGAAGAUAUUUUGAUCUUAACUAUAAUGGUAACAUCUGUAUUUACGUUACUUAGAUAUGAAUACCAGUAGGUAAUCCUUGAAUUUUUGUCGUUGUUUGCUGACUGCAGUUGCAACAAAAUGCUGCACUGCAGUGCAUAAUAUGUAUUUUUAUCCUGAAAUGCUACAGCUCAGUUGAUUAUUUAUUGUUUUGAGAUACAAAGUCCCCACUAGUACAUGUACCAUGUACCUUACAGAUCUGAAUUACGAGUUAGCUGACCUCUUGUCAGUACAUUUAUUAUUUAUUGAAUUUGUUUAUAUAUAUUUUAUAAAUCUCCCAUACUCAUCAUUUAAGUACUUUGUAUCCUCAUUUCAUAUGACUCGCCACUUAAAGUAGAAAUUUUGUAUGUAGGACUCAUCUUGAUAAUAAGUUCUCAAGUACAAUGCUGGAAUUGUAAGUGGUGCAAGAUAGAAGACACUACUUCAGAAGAUGCAGGUUAUUUUUAAACUGAUCUACCCUGUAACUUCCCAUUUAUCACACAGGAAAUGUGCUGUGCCCAUCAUUUCACACAGUAGCGCAUGUACACUGUUAUGUCUUGUUGAAACCCUUGAUUAGAAAAAAAGUAUACAUGUAUAUACUACCAUUAGUAGCUGUGUUGAAAAAUCUUAUUAUAAAUUCAGUUUCCUGCAUUUUACAUUAAGUUUUUUUUUUAUACAAAGUGCUGCUUUUACACAAUCUCUAAUGGUUAACACUCAUCAUACCAAUGGUCUUAAUGCAUGUUUUAUGAUUUUGUUGUUUUUCUUUAUUUUAUAUGGAUGAGAAUCAUAACAAGUGGGGAAUUUUUAUUUUUUUUGGCAAAAAGCCAGGCCGCCAUUUAUCUAGGUUAAUUACAAUUAAAACCAUAUGUUUCUCACUAGAAGAAAAAAUCUGCAACUUGCACUGCAAUGUUUGGUGCAUUCUGAAGAAUUUGGCAGUUUGAUAACAUCGCUGUGAUCAAACGAUGUACUGUCUUUGUUUUUGCCAAUGCUGUGUUGGCAGAAUCACUUUCUAAUAUAUUGUAAUUGAAUCUUGCUCUAUAGCCACUGUAAGCAUUUAAUGUAAAUGAUUGAACACUGUUUAUUGAUUUCUUGGGGAGCAUCUAUACAGUCAAAGGAUCAAGAUUCAAGAAUAUAUCGAUGAUGCUCCAUAGAUCUCUCUCUGGUUGAAUGUGAAGAUUUUCCUACAAUAAGAAGGGGAUCUUUUAUAAUUAUAUUAUAUUAUAUAACAGGAAUUUGGAUCGUGUAGCCAACAGACUCGGUGUGUCCCAUUGUGCAUUAUGAAUUAUGAUCUGAACUUGAAAGUAUGCCAACUGUUAUUGGCUUGAUUGGAAUCUAGCAAGAGAGAAAAUAAAAUAUCAAAAUAUGCAUCAUGCAUGGUACACACUACACAAAUUACUGGUAAUACAUGUAUAUAUAAAGUAUACAUACUGGAUAAAUGCAGUUAAUUAAUUCCUCUGUAUAGUGAAUGAAAAUUGAACAUACUACUGAACUUUAACUUCCGAGUUUUAAUGUGAUCAAAUAUUGAUGCAUGUUUUCCAGACAAAUAUUUCAGCAUAAUGGGGGGGGGGGGGGGGUUGAAUAGUCUGGCCUCACCUGCUGUUAUGUUGCAUUGUGCAUUGUUCUUUAUAUUAAUCAAUGAUGAUUGAUUUUUAUAUUUGUUAAUUUCCGUGUAGCUAGGUUGAAGCUUAUUUUGAAUGUACAUGUAUAUAGCUUUAAAUGACCAUAUUUAUGAAACGUACAUCAUGUUCAUAUUUUAAUUCUUGUUGAUGUGUUAAUUAAAGUGUGGGAGAUACAUAUUGUUCCUUAAUGAUAUCUGCUACUGUAUUUAAUAUGAAAAAAUUACAUAUAUUGAUCGUUAGUUACAAUGUUAUGAGUUAAACCUUGAGGACUAGGUAAUCUCAUUUGAGCUUAGUAAGGAAAGAAUGCAUCAUAUAGACUUUAUGUAUUUAGUCAAAAUUUUUCCUAGAGACAGGUUAUUGACAUAUAUUUUCAGGAAGAGAUUCAAACUUAAAGAAAAGCCCAAAUUUGACUAACAAAUGAUUUUUUUAAUUAGGACAGAAUUUGAACAUGUUUUGUUCAAGUUUUUAUAAAUAAUUAAGGACGGUGUACAACCGACGGUUGGCCCUUCUUAUCUUCACCUCCAGAAGAUCUAGGGCUGUUCAAGGUGAAGUGGUCAUUAUAAAUUGUUCCGUCUGUAGCUGCUGGGUAUUUAUGGCACCCAGGGCGCCUCUCCUGGUCCUCAGCUAGUCGGUUAGCUCGUGUAAUUUUUUUUUCUGUGGGUGCAUUUUGUUUGGUUUUGUUGUCUAAUUACCUACUGCAGGCAGGCAGAUUUUUUUUUUUUUUUUUGGGGGGGGGGGGGGUCCAAAAAGUCCUUUUUUUGGGGGGGGGUCCAAAAAGUCUUUUUUAAGUAGAGGAAUAGGAUCACGGCUUCAAUUAUAUAUACAAUUUUUUAAAAAAAAAUGAAAAAUAAGAGAGGAUAGAUACCCAGGCAAAAAGUCGAGCCCUCCCCCAAUCUUUAGCUUUCCAUCGCCUUGACAUAGUAUGCGUUUAUUUAGGUUGACGAGGUUAUAAAAGAAAACGUGUAUAUUGCCGUUAUAAAUCUUUGGAUUGAAGUUUACAUAGCAGGCUUGCAUUGUGUAUAAUUUGCCAUCAAUGUUUUUUAUUUGCAUAACUAAAGAAUUGGUGCAGCCAAUAACUUCUUUACAUAGAUACGUAUUUUUAAUGUAUGAUUAUUUUUUUUAAUUAACCCCAUUCUACGAUGUUGUACAUUCCACUGUCAAGCGAAGGAAGAGUUGUCUUUCGUUCUUUCUGUUACAUUGAUGGUAUUGCAUGAUUUUGAUUUUCUGUCUCCGAUGUCUAUAUGUACUUUUAUUGUAAUGGUUUGUUAACCCUAACAAAGAGUUAGACGGAUAUAAUUGUUAUGAUAUUCAAAUUACUGUUACUGAUGUUUGCUGUUGUUAUACAAUUGUGGAAUUAAAAUUUUACCAAUGAUA